CUGUCAGUCAGUGAUCCAGAUCCAGAGAUCUCAACAGCUGCUACACUUGCAGGCAGACAUUUUAGGAACCUUUGUAUCUGAGAGAAAGUCUUUCGCCUGAAAAAUGCAAGCUGUUAGGCAGUGUUCAACCUGCGGUAGCCGGGCCGCCGGAGCGCUUCUGAAAACUGAACUGCGGCACUCCACCCAGACCAGAGGAGUCUGCUCACGGUUGCUGAGAAACCCAGAGAAAAUCCUCUUCAGUAAAUCCCACGCCCUGAAAUUUGCAGGAUGGAAAGAUGCACACACCACUCCGGCGUCUUCCAAUCUCCACCAGAACCUUUACGCCGUCCCGUUCACUCAGCAGGUGGAGAAUCUGUCCCACGACUCAUUGAUCAAAAGAGCUGCGUCCGUCGUCACAGAUAGCUCCAAUACUUUCCUGUCUCAAGCCACCCUGGCGUUUAUCGACGCGCUCACGGACCAUUCAAAGAUUGUCCACAGACUCAUCGCUCUACAGAGAAGAUAUCUGUCUUCAGUGGGAAAGAUGACCCCAGCUGAGGAGGACUCGCUGAAGCAGGUCGUGAACGGUCAGAGACAAGAGGUACGUGACUCUCGUGACGAAUGCAAACGAUACGAGAGCAUGUAUAUUCACGCAGUCAACCUGUGCAAAAUGAGCGCUGACUCAGCCUAUAUAUCGGGAGCGGUGCAGGCCUGUCUGACAGUCAGGACAAACAUCCAGAUGGCCCAGUCUCAGGUUGAGGAGGCUCAGAAGACGUCGGCCAACGCAGACAAGAGGCUCGCUGAGAUCAAAGUGGAGGAGAUCCAACGGAUGGCAGAAUACGCUGCUUCAUUUGACAGUGGUGAAGAGCUGGAGAUACAUGAAGCUUAUCUACGAGAAGACUAGAGUUCAGUCAUCGUCAUCCACCUUUAAUUCUCUUUGAACUCAUAUUAUUCUAAUGUAAUAUUUGUCAGAGAUAAAUGAGGUAUUUCAGCAAUGAGUGAAAAUAUUAAUAAUAUUUAUUUGAUUGGUAUUUGCUAUUUGUAUUCUGUGGAAAUUAUUUUUACAAUCGGCAAAAUAUACUUUGACAGAGACGCUUUAUCGAUGCAAGAGCAAAAUGUUCUUGCAUUUUUUUUUAAACAUUGUACUGGAAUAUAUUUAUAUUGUUGUUAUAUUAUAUGCACAGCCGACGGCUGCAAAUAAAAAGUCAUG